AUGAUUGAACAAAAUGAAAAAUUAACUUUGAAUGAAUCAUUUCGAUAUAGUUUUCAAGAUUGUUUAACAGGAUGUUUUGGAAUUCCAUUAGAAAAACAUAAGAGUAAACCAUUAGAUAUAAGUUUAUUAGAUCAAUAUGCCAUAGAGAAAUGGGAAAAUAUUUUACAUUUUAUGGUUGGAACAGAGAAAAGUAAUGUUCCAAGUGCAUCAGUAUUGGAAGUUGUAACUAAAGCAAAUUUAAUGAGAGAUAUUGGUGGAGGGAAAUAUGAAAUAACGAAUAAAGGAUUUCAAUUCUUAUUACAAGAUGUCAAUACUCAAGUGUGGGCUAUUUUAAUUCAAUAUUUAGAUAUAGCCGGUGUGAUGUUAAAUAUGAAUGUAGUGGAAGUAUUAAAUUUCUUUUUCAUGUUGGGAAGUUUGGAAUUGGGUCAGGAUUAUUCGGUUGAAGGAUUAACACCUACUCAACGACAAUUACUUGAUGAUCUAGAAAAUUAUGGUCUUGCUUAUCGUCGUAAAAAAGGAUCAACAAGAUAUUAUCCUACAAGACUUGCAACAACUUUAACUUCAGGAAAUGCAGCUACAGUAUCGAGUAAUGUAAACAUUGAUAAUACAGAUGCUGGUGAAGAUUCUGCUACUGAACAAGGAUUCAUAAUUAUUGAAACUAAUUAUAAAUUAUAUGCUUAUACAACACAUUCUCAUCCUCAAAUGAAAAAACGACCAUCUUUACUUCCAUCAACUGUUAAAGAUCAAAUACAAUUAUGGGAAAUGGAAAGAAAUCGAUUGGUUGUACAAGAAUGCUACUUAUACAAAGAUUUUAAAACGUGGUCAGAUUAUGAAAUGAUUUUAAAACAUGCAACAAAAUUAGGAGUGGUUGUUUGGUCAAAUGAAUCAAAAAAAAUGUUUGGAGUAACUGAAGCAGGUGAUAGUAGUAAUAGUGGUACUCCUGCUAGAUAA